AACGGGAGGGAGGCGGUGCUGACCGGUGGCGGCGGCGGCCAUGCGCCCCGGCCCGCCAGUACAGCCGAGCCGCCGCAGGCCUCCCCGUCGCCAGGAACCCCAUCAGGAACGCAACCGACGGCACCGGCAAGACCAACAGCAACCGGUGCACCCGCGGCCGCACGGCAGCAGCUCGCGGGCCCUGCUGGUGUUGCUGCUGCUGGCCAGCAGCCCUCUGGUCCUGGGCCUGGCCGAACCGCCAGGGUCACCCGGGGCCGGACAGCAGGCGCUCUCCAGAGAGACCUACCCGAAGUCGGGCACCCAGCUAAGGAAACAUCAGAACCUCACCAUUGGAUACCUCACGGCGAUCAAGGGCGGCCUCAAGGACCGCCAGGGUCUCGCCAUAUCCGGCGCCUUCUCCAUGGCCCUUGACGAGAUUAACAAUGAUCCGAACAUACUACCGAACGUAAGGCUGGUGAUGCGAUGGAACGACACGAGGGGAGAGACCGUGGAAGCUACCAAGGCAAUGAUCGAUAUGAUCUGCGACGGGGUUGCUGCCUUCUUUGGACCAGAAGGCUCGUGCUACGUCGAAGCCAUAGUCGCUCAGUCCCGCAACAUACCCAUGAUUAGUUAUAAAUGCUCGGACUACAAGGCCUCGAAGGUGAACACGUUCGCGAGGACCGAGCCACCGGACACGCAGGUGACGAAGUCGGUGAUCGCGUUGCUGCUCAACUAUGGCUGGAACAAAUUCACGAUCAUCACGGAGAGCGCUUGGUCGACGGUCGCCCGUUCCCUGGAGGAGCAGGCGAUCAAGCACAAUCUCACCGUGAACCACUACAAGACCGUCGAGGACCGGCACACUUGCUGCGAGGAGCGGAUGCCCUGUUGUCAAGGCAGCGCGUGGUUCCAGCUAAUACAGGAGACCAAAAACAUGACUAGGAUAUACAUAUUCCUGGGCACGGCGAUGUCGCUGAUCGAAAUGAUGAACGCGAUGCAGAACCAACGGCUGCUGGACAACGGGGAGUACAUGGUGAUACACGUGGACAUGAUGACGUACUCGCCGCGCGAGGCGCAAAAGUACUUAUGGAAACCGGACCACUUCGAGAACCUACGCAACUGCUUGGAGCCGAAGGACUUCCUGAAGAAAGCGCGAUCACUGAUGGUGGUGGUGUCCACGCCGCCCACGCAGAACUACGAAGAGUUCACGAAGAAGGUCCGCGAGUACAGCAGCAAGGAGCCCUUCAACUUCAUCAUCCCCGAACUGCUGAGGAAGUACGAGAAGUACGUGUCGAUUCACGCGGCGUACCUGUACGAUUCCGUAAAGCUGUACGCGCGGGCCCUGGACCAGCUCUUGCGGGACCAGCCGGAGCACACGCUCGAGGAAAUCGCGAGCAAUGGCACCCAGAUCAUCGAGACGAUUAUCAGGAAUCAUACGUAUCAAAGUGUCAGCGGCGCGACGAUCAAGUUCGACAAGUUCGGCGACUCGGAGGGGAACUUCUCGGUGCUGGCCCUGAAGAAGGACCCGUUCCGCUUCAACAACUUCUCCUGCGAUUAUCAGAUGAAGCCCGUGGGCCAAUUCCAACAGGGUGAAACUCUAGUGUACAGGCCGUCGGAGUCGAUGGACUGGCCCCUAAAAAAUAAACCGGAAGCGGAGCCAGGCUGCGGUUUUCUCAAUGAACACUGUCCGAAAGACGACACGCACCUGCGCAGCAUCGUCGCUGCCGGUGUGCUCGCCGUUUUGCUCUUCUGCGCCGCGGUGAUCACCAUGAGCAUAUACCGGAGGUGGAAGAUCGAGCAGGAAAUCGAAGGGCUGCUCUGGAAGAUCGAUCCGAACGAGAUACACGGCUAUCCUCAUCUUGACAACAUGAUGUCCUCCCCUAGUAAGUUAAGCUUAGUUAGUGCAAUGUCCUACGAGUCAAGGUGCGGCGGCCAGGUGUUCGCGCAGACCGGCCACUACCACGGGGUGGUGGUCCGCAUAAAGGAGCUGAAGUUCUCGAAGAAGAAGGACAUAUCGCGGGACGUGAUGAAAGAAAUGCGAAUCCUUCGGGAAAUCCGACACGGUAAUCUGAACUCGUUCAUCGGGGCGUGCGUCGAGCCGAUGAGGAUAUUGUUAAUUACGGACUAUUGCGCCAAAGGAAGUCUUUAUGACAUCAUCGAGAACGAAGAUAUAAAGUUAGACGAUAUGUUCAUCGCGUCAUUAGUUCACGAUCUCAUUAAGGGUAUGCUGUACAUUCAUGAGUCAUCUGUGCUAGUCUGUCACGGUAAUCUGAAGUCUUCCAAUUGCGUGGUGACCUCCCGAUGGGUACUCCAGGUCUCUGAUUUCGGGCUGCACGAUAUGAGGCACUGCGCCGAGUCCGACAGCAUUGGUGAACAUCAGUAUUAUCGAAACUUAUUCUGGAAGGCGCCCGAGCUGUUAAGGAAUCCCAAUGCUCCGAUCAGAGGAACCCAGGAGGGAGAUAUUUACUCGUUCGCUAUAAUACUGUUCGAAAUCAUUGGUCGGAAGGGACCGUACGGUGGCGUGAAUCUAGAACCCAAAGAAAUCAUAGACCGAGUGAAAAGGUUCCCAGAGGAUGGCGAACCGCCGUUUAGACCUAACAUAGAGAUACUGUCCGAGUCCGAGGCGGACUGCGCCGAGUAUAUAGUUAGUACGAUUACCGACUGCUGGGCGGAGAGUCCAGAGCUUAGGCCCGACUUCAAAAUGAUUAGGACCCGGUUAAAGAAAAUGAAGGCGGGCCGGCAUCGCAAUAUAAUGGACCAAAUGAUGGACAUGAUGGAGAAGUACGCGAACAACCUCGAAGAUCUAGUCAGUGAACGUACACGCCUUCUUUACGAGGAGAAGCAGAAAACGGAGGAUCUGCUUCACAGAAUGCUUCCCGAGCCCGUAGCUAACUGUUUGACGAAUGGCAUCGGCGUAGAACCGGAAGCCUUCGAUCUGGUCACGAUCUACUUCAGUGACAUCGUCGGCUUCACCGCAAUGUCUGCGGAGAGCACACCGUUCCAGGUUGUAAACUUUUUGAAUGACCUGUAUACUCUGUUUGACCGCAUUAUUAAAGGCUACGACGUGUACAAAGUGGAAACCAUUGGCGACGCGUACAUGGUGGUUUCCGGUUUGCCUAUAAAGAACGGGAACAGACACGCCGGCGAAAUUGCGUCGAUGUCCCUGGAGCUACUCAACGCUGUGAAACACCAUACCAUUACGCACAGGCCUCAGGACACGCUUAAAUUACGUAUAGGAAUCCACACAGGUCCUGUGGUGGCGGGUGUAGUCGGUCUAACUAUGCCCAGGUAUUGUCUCUUUGGAGACACGGUGAACACUGCCUCCCGCAUGGAAUCUAACGGCGAGCCGUUGCGUAUCCACAUAAGCGGGCAGUGCAAAGAUGCCUUGGACAAGAUCGGUGGUUACAUCAUCGAGGAACGCGGUUUGAUUCUCAUGAAGGGAAAGGGAGAAGUGAAGACCUACUGGCUCACCGGAGCCACCGAGAAGGCCAUCCAAAAACGAGACGUUGACGUAGGUGACCUGCCACCGCUUUUCUGCAGACCGAGAAGAAGCCCGAAAUUGAACUCGGAUUCCCGUCAAGCUUCGUUGUUGGGUGGCCUAGGAGCAGGCAGUCGAAGACAGUCGAGCGUUCCGCGGCCAACGCCCGACGACUCGACGUCCCAAUGCGGGGGAUCCAGCCCAGUACCACGAUCUUUCAACUCGAGAAAGAUAGAACGAUCUCCUCUUUACGUAGCCGAUAGCAUAUCGAAGACAACGUUGGACAACGUUGCGCUGACCGAGGUCGAGACCCGAGCGCUCAACAUCAAAUUGGCCCUCGACGAUAUCUUCAUCGACACCAGGCCAAAGUUCCGAAAGAACGCGAGGGUAUUGUCGACGAUAGCCUCGUCCUCCUCCACCAGCGACUACCCGUUCCAGAAUAUUAUGCGGGAGUCCCGGUCGCUGGACCCGUUCCCGUUAGAGCUGUACAACAAGAGGUUCGAGUCGCCGAACUUUUCGUGGAAGGAGCCGAAGAAGAGCUUCCGGUCGUUAGAGAACUGUGACAAGUGCACACGGACAAACUCGAAGACGAACAUAUCUGGAAAAGUGUUGAAUAACAAUUAUCCCAACGGUAAUGUGAUAAUAGCACCCCAUACCGACGGAUCCCCCAACGAGGCGGAGACACCUCUGUUAGGGGACGAAAGUAGCUGUAUCGGGGAGGUAGUGCCUGUUAAACGUUGGCGUUCGUUAGACCAAGUGGCAUCUGUUCCUAGUACAGACAAUGUGCCGGAUAAGAAGUCCUCCGCGAGGCACUCGAUCAGAAGCUGGUUGGUAAAUCUGUUCAGUGGUAACGGGUUAAGGAAUAGCGACGUUUCACUGAGACGUGGUGUGAUCGCCGGUUACGAUAUACAAUCGGAGCGCGAAAGUAUAGUUUAAUAAUAGAAGUCUCUUCUAUUUUCCCCGAAGAGAGAGAACGCAAAAGUAUGGAAACUCUGUGCUAUGAACCGACACGAGUGCACAAAAACUUUCUUACAAGGUUUACGAGUCAUAAUCAUGAUGUAUUGUUGCCAUUUUUCUUUUCUCCUUCUUUUUAGUGUAGAUACGUGGAAUGUAUGGGUAUAAAAGUUACCGAUCGUGUAUGUUUUUAAUGCCUAGAUAUUUUAUAGACAUUGUACUAAAAGCACGCGUUGCAUAUCGGCGAUGAAACGUAUCUUCUACAUAGCGCGGGAUUAUAUCUAUUAGAGGUCGUUUUUUUUUCUUUUUUCUUCUCGUUCUAUUUUUUUCUUUUUUUAAUUCAAAUUCUAAUGAUGAGAAUAGAAGCGAACUGUUUUAUGAAAAU